CACCGACUCUCCAGAUACUGGCAGCCUUGACAGCGCCUCCACCGAGGAGCCAGCCUUCCUCUGGUCCUGGACUCCACCGCCCUACCAUGGAGGCUGUGUUCCUGGUGGUGAAUGGGGUGGGCCUGGUGCUGGACUUGCUGACCUUGGUGUUGGAUCUCAACUUCCUGCUGGUGUCCUCCCUCCUGGCUACCUUGGCCUGGCUUUUGGCCUUCAUCUACAACCUGCCACACACGGUACUGACCAGUCUUCUGCACUUGGGUCGAGGAGUCCUGCUCUCUUUGCUGGCCUUGGGUGAAGCAUUGGUUCGAUUCGCCUUUGGGGGAUUUCAGGCCUUGUGUACCUUCCUUUGUAGCUGCUACUCUGGCUUGGAGAGUUUAAAGCUCCUCGGGCACCUGGCCUCUCACGGAGCUCUGAGGAGCCGAGAAAUACUGAACAGGGGCAUCCUGAACAUGGUCUCCCACGGCCAUGCUUUGCUGCGCCAGGCAUGUGACAUCUGUGCCAUCGCCAUGAGCCUGGUGGCCUACGUGGUCAACAGUCUGGUCAACAUCUGCCUCAUCGGCACUCAGAACCUCUUCUCCCUGGUGCUGGCCCUGUGGGAUGCCGUGGUGGGGCCUCUGUGGAGGAUGACUGACGUCCUGGCCGCUUUCCUCGCGCACAUUUCCAGCAGCGCGGUGGCCAUGGCCAUCCUCCUCUGGACCCCUUGCCAACUGGUACUAGAGCUGUUGGCCUCAGCUGUCCGCCUGCUGGCCAGCUUUGUGCUUUUCCACGUCACUGGCCUGGUGUUGUUGGCCUGUGUGCUGGCCGUGACUUUGGCUGUGCUGCACCCAGACCUUACCUUGAGGCUGGCCACCCGAGCACUUGGUCAGCUCCACGCCCAGCCGUCCUACCACCGGCUUCGGGAGGAUGUGGUGCGGCUCUCUCGCCUCGCGCUGGGUCUCGAGGCCUGGCGCAGAGUCUGGAGCCGAAGCCUACAGCUGGCCAGCUGGCCGAAUCGGGGAGGGGCGCCGGGGGCGCCCCAAGGUGGCCCCGGGAGGGUGUUCUCAGCCAGGAUCCAGGGACAGGACACCCUUCCUGAAGCAGAGGAGGAGGACGUCAGGACCGCCAGAGCACCACCUGCCAGAGGCCGGGAGAGACUCAACGAGGACGAGCCUACGGCUGGGCAAGACCCGUGGAAGCUGCUGAAGGAGCAGGAGGAGAGGAAGAAGUGUGUCAUUUGCCAGGACCAGAGCAAGACGGUGCUGCUGCUGCCCUGCCGGCACCUGUGUCUCUGCCAGGCCUGCACCGAGAUCCUCAUGCGCCACCCCAUCUACAACCGCAACUGCCCGCUCUGCCGCCGCGGCAUCCUGCAGACCCUCAAUGUCUACCUCUGAUGACUCCCUCCCUCCCUACCUGCCUGCCCGCCCGUCCACCCUCUGCGCUCCACACACCAGGACAGCAUCAGCGUUUUGCCUCUGGGAUUUGGCCUGAGUCUUCUUUGCCCCAAUGACGGCAACUCUGGCAAGCCUCAAGCCAUAUAUCCAGGAAUAUAUGUAGCUGGAAUCCUCGGGAAGGCCCCAGUCUGGGUGGGGCAGGGUGACCGUCCCUCUGAACCCUGUGUGGGGCCCUGGGAUGCUGAGGGUGGUGAGUUUGUCACUAUGCAAGGGCCCUGAGACUUUGGCGGGCUCUUCCCCAGUCUGCCCAGGGCCCGUCCAGACACCAGCCUCUGGGGCUGUCCUUCUUUGCUUCUGGCUUUUCUGUUGGGGCUUUUUUGGUCCUUCCCUCCAGGCCACACCACAUCACGUCAUGUGAGGAUUUUUGGCAACUCCUGGGCCUUGGAGUGAUCUUAAUUUUUCUGUUUUUUGGGUUUUCUUGUUUUGGAAUGGAAUCUUUGUGUUCACCCAGAGCCUCCGCCCUGGUGGGUCUGGGAGUAGAAUCCCGUAGGUGCCCUGUGAACCACCUCUGCCUGUCAUCGUCUUAAAGUCUCCCAACUUGACCCAGAACCUGGGUCAGGAGUUUAUCCCUGGGUACAGGGGUGCAGCUAAACCUGGCUUUGGGACCAUUUACCCUCAGGCACCCCAGCUCCAAGAGGAGCCUCCGAAGGAAGAACCAGAUUUCUACUCAUUCCCCUCAUGCCCUACAUGACGUAGAACACGGCAUUCCUCCUGGUCUCCCUCUGGCAUUGGGGAGGGCAUUCUGCACAUUUCACUAGGGUCCAAAUAAGGGGCUAGGCCUCGGGGCUUGCGGCUCCCUUAGGUCUGCCUGUCUGUCCAGUUUCUAUGAAUAAAGUUCUGUUGACAGCU